GUAUCGCCCUCAGGCCAGGCGACAAUCUCCACUGAACGGUCUCUCUCUCUCGCCAAAAACCAGUCUAAAACGACAACUGAAAGCUCAUUGUUCAAAAAAGAGGAAAUACCUCGCCCAAUUUCGACACGGUUCUUCCAGGAUUCACUUCCACGCGCCGCCCUCUCACCCGGAACGCGCUCCCCAGCAUCCAUCUCUUUUGUUUCUUCUCCUUUUGCCCUUUCUUUUCCUUCUCUUUUAUCUUCUUGCUUUCCACUUUCUCUACUUUUCUUUUUCUCCUUCUACUUCCGUUCAUUUACUCCACCUCUCCUCCCUAACAUCACUGCUACCACCACCACCACCACCUCUACUAAUACUAACAUCAGUAGCACCACUUCUUUCUGAUCACCAUAUCACUUUCUCUCUCUAGUUUCUGUCUAAGAUCUGAAACUUUAGAGGAGAGAGUGGGCAUCAGUAAUUUAUGAAUCCACUGCUUCUGAUGAUUACAAGAUGGGCGGAGUCACCUCGUCAAUAGCUGCAAAGUUCGCUUUCUUCCCGCCAAAUCCUCCUUCAUACACUGUGGUAGCAGACGAGUCCAGCCCCGAAAAAUUUGUCAUUCCGGAGGUCCCGAGGAAUGAUGCAGUGGAUGUUCUGAAGCUCCGGACUCGACGAGGAAACCAAAUCGUGGCCAUUCAUAUAAAGCAUCCGAGAGCAUCAUCAACUCUGUUAUAUUCACAUGGAAAUGCAGCUGAUUUGGGACAGAUGUUUGAGCUCUUCGUCGAAUUGAGUAAACGGCUUCGCGUUAAUCUCAUGGGGUAUGAUUACUCUGGCUAUGGACAAUCAAGUGGAAAGCCAACUGAGUGUAAUACAUAUGCGGAUAUAGAUGCUGCAUAUAAUUGCCUCAGAGAACAGUACGGGGUUAGAGAUGAACAAUUAAUACUGUAUGGUCAAUCUGUUGGCAGUGGACCUACAGUUGAUCUUGCUUCAAGGUUACCAAACUUGAGAAGCGUGGUUCUACAUAGCCCAAUUUUGUCUGGAAUGAGGGUACUAUACCCAGUCAAGAGGACAUACUGGUUUGACAUUUACAAGAACAUUGACAAAAUUGGAAUGGUGAACUGUCCUGUUCUGGUAAUUCAUGGAACAGCAGAUGAAGUUGUUGAUUGCUCCCACGGGAAACAGCUUUGGGAGCUCUGCAAGGAGAAGUAUGAACCAUUAUGGAUAAGUGGGGGUGGACAUUGCAAUCUUGAGCUUUAUCCAGAGUUCAUUAAACAUUUGAAGAAGUUUGUGUCGACAGUAGGCAAAACAAAAACCGAAGCAAAUGGUUCUAAGAAAACAACAGGAGAGUUGGAAAAUCAGAACAAACCAUCUGAGAGUGGAACAUCAGAUACUUUUGAAUUGGGUGCUGACCUUCCACAAAUAUCUAGAAAUAGUUUAGAUAGUAGACUCGAGAAGUCCAAGAAGCCAGAUAAACCUGAAAAGUCUCGGAUGAGUACUGACCGUGUUGAUAGAUUUAGGAGAAGAAAGGGCUUGGUCUGGUGAUUGCUUAUACAAGAGCUUCUUCAAUAAAAGUUUUUGCAUGGGUCCCACUUGGAAGGUAAUUUAUUUUUGACUCUUGCUUUCAUAACACGUGUCAAGUUAAGUUUUCGUAAAAUUAUCAAGUCUCGAGUGUAUUUUUUUUUUUUUAACGUAAAUGCCACAUCUGUAUGUACCUUUAGAACACGAGUCAAAUUAAAGCUAAAUGUUGUAUUAUAACUCCUGUAAAAGCAGCUUCUCGUUUGAAGAUGAAGAUGUUGUAAUUUCACCAUAAUGUCCUAAAAAACAUUAUUGUUUUA